AUGGAUGCACAAAUUCUUGUUGCUGCUAAAGUUCUUCCAGAUGCUACAAAAAUUGAAUCUUUUGAUGGAAAUAAUUUUAAACGUUGGCAACAAAAGGUUCUUGCAGUUUUAGAUUUUACAAAAAUCUCUAGUGCUCUAACUGAGCCUAGACCGGAUGAGGAAUCUGAAGAACAAUCCAAAGAAUUAAGAGAUUGGGAAAUGGCUAAUACAUUAUGUGUCAAUACUAUAUUAAAUUCUUUAUCUAAUGAAUUGUUUGAUGUUUAUUGCCAUUUUACUAUUGCUAGAGAUUUAUGGGAUGAAUUAGUUGGUAGAUUUGUGAUUGAGGAUGAGGGUACUAAGAAAUUUGCUGCAAGCAAUUUCUUACAUUUUCAAAUGACUGAUGAAAAGAGUAUUACUUCUCAAAUUCAUGAGUUUCAUAAUAUAGUUGCUGAAUUAACCAAAGAGGGUAAUGGUCUACCCGAAAGUUUUAUGACCCAGUGUCUUGUUGAAAAAUUACCCGACUCUUGGAAGGAGUAUAAACUCCAUUUCAAACAAAAAAAGACUUUCAUGAGUCUUCAACAAACCAUAGUGCAUAUUAAAAUAGAAGAAAGGAAUAGGUCUUUGGAAAAGGUUAACAAAGCUAAGGAAAUUAUUUCCAAAGCUAAUUUAGUAGAAGAGAGAUCUAUUAGGCCUCCACAACACUACAAGAAAUUUGACCAUAAGCCCAAAAGAAAACCUUGGAAUGAUAAGAAAAGAUUCAACACAUCUCAUUCUCUAAUACAAAAGAAAAAGGUCAUUUGUUUUGCUUGUGGCAAAGCAGGUCAUUAUGCAGCGGCAUGUAAGCAGAGGACCACCAACAACUACAAAGGAUCAAUAUCAAAAAACAAGGCAAAUGUGACGGAAGUGGAAGAGAUCAUUGCAGCUGUCGUAUCUGAAGCUAACAUGACCACGGAAGUAAAAGGAUGGGUGAUUGAUUCCGCAUCUACUAGGCACAUUUGUGGAAAUAAAGAAGACUUAUCCUCCUACACACCAAUAAAGGAAAAUACUGAGCGGGUAAUUGUUGGAGACAAUAGAUCUGUGCCUGUGGUAGGCAAAGGGAAAGCUCUCUUAAAGCUGACUUCGGGUAAAACCCUUUCACUCUCCGAUGUUCUACAUGUUCCUCAUUUCGACACAAUCUUGUUUCGGUACACUUGCUUGGUAAGGUAG